AUGGAGAACUUCUCCCUCCUCAGCAUCUCCGGUCCUCGAAUCUCAUCCUCUGCCCUGGGCCCUUUUCCUGAUCUUAUGCCCUCACUUGCCACCAAGCUGCCAGAAUUGGGGGAUACCCAGAGUGGGGAACAGCUGCGGCGGAACUGUACUGUCUACCGGCCCUGGUUCUCCCCUUACAGCUACUUCGUAUGCAGGGACAAAGAGAGCCACCUGGAGGCCGACGGCUUCCCAGACGUGGAGCGAGACGAAGGUAGAGGGGACAGCUGUUUUUCUGAGGACAUAUCUGAGAGUGUGUGUUCAUCUUCUUCCUCCCAAGAGAACACACACCCCCAGGAGGUCAACAAGACACCCAGGUCUGGCUUGGACUCCAUCACAUCCCAGGACAUUCUAAUGGCCUCCAAGUGGCAGCUGACCCAGCAGAAUGGCUACAAGUGUGCGGCCUGCUGCCGCAUGUACCCCACGCUGCACUCCCUCAAGAGCCACGUCAAGGGGGGCUUCAAGGAGGGUUUCAGCUGCAAGGUAUACUACCGCAAGCUCAAAACCCUCUGGGGCAAGGAGCAGAAGGCCCGGCUGGGAGACAGACUCUCCCUCGGCAUCUGCCAAGCCUUCAAGUAA